AUGGAAGAACUGACUUAUCCCCCUUCGCAAGCAGCAACGUUCCAGGAGAACACCCGUGACUCGGUACAAAAGGCAGAGAGAGCUGCUGAAAGGCUCGAAAGGCAAGUAAUAGAGCAUCUAGCGUCGGCCUUCUCCGUGUGGCAGCAGCUUCCUCCACAACGCCGGCAGGAGCUGUGGGUACUGGAGUUGGCGCGAAGCGUAGGGAGGAAACAGAAGGAGGUGGACAAACUGAAGGAGACGCAGCACUCCCUAGAGCAGGAGAACACCAACCUCAAGUCGCAAAUCGACCAUCUGAACCGACUACAGCAACCGCGGGAGUUUAAAAUCGCCAAUCCGAUGACCUGGGGCAUGAGUCAGCAGAUGAUACAGCUUGCGGCAGAAGCGGGCGUCAGUGGUCGCCGAGUUGUCGGGCUGAACAUGGAGGAUCGCCAUUCAGAUCUCAACACUGUGGUCUCCAGCGCUAUUGACAGAUGGAAGAAUGUGAUCGUAUCUUCAAGGGCAACAGGCGGCUUGGCCUCUCAGAGACCUCUCGACCCGCCGUCAGCUUCUACCCAGAUACCUACCACCACAACGCAGCCUCCCACACCGACUGGCCAACAGGCGCAUCUGCACCAAUCCUCGCCAAGCAUCUCUAACUUUUCUCAACCGCCGCUCCCACGACAUACGUCCCGAAGCUCUGCUGUUCCUACAAUCAUAGCCACCAGCGAGGCCAAGACAUCGACUGCCGGAACACCGUCCGAACAAUCUGUCGACGACUCUGACCAAGACUCGGACCCGGAUGCAGAGGCAGGGGAAGAUGCAGACGCCGACGCUGACGCCGACGCCGAAGCUGACGUUGAGAUGGAAGGUGGACAGGGAUACCUCUCAACGGCACACACGCCUGUGCCCCAAAACAUUCCUCAGAUGCCUCACACCCCUAUGCCUCAGACUCCGAUGCCUCAAACACCGAUGACUCAAAGCCAAAUCCCCCAUGAUCAACAACCUUAUGCCACUCAGCAAAUGGCGGCAGAGGCGCGGCAGAACCCGUAUCCGCAGAACCCAGCAGGAGGUGGCAACUUCGCGGGACAGGCUGGAAUAUUGCCCAGCCAACAAUUACAACUUGGCCAGCAGGCUUUCGGCCAGCAGUACCGGCCCAGCCAAGGCCACGGUGGGGGAAUUAAUAUGUCGUGGGACAAUCAAUGA